AUGCGCCACAGCCUCACGCAGCUGCUGGCGGCCUCGGCCGGCGGGACCAGCCCGGGUGCCGUGUGGCCGCUGCCCGGAGCGGGGCAGGCCGCGAGAGGGCGGGAUGUCGGCGGGGAGGUGGGACCGGCGCCCGCCCCGCCCGCCCAGCCGCCGGGCGCCUCGGAGCCGCGCGGCAGGAGAAAGGCAGGCCGGGCUACCAGCGGCCCGCUGGAGGUGUGGGAGCAAGAGGACUGGUUCCCUGGGGCUGGAGCUGGAGACCUGCUGGAGGCGGCGCCGGACUGGGACCUGGAGGCGGAGCUGAGCGCUGUUUCCUGUGAGGAGCCGGAGCCGCUUGCCCCGCGCAGGGCUCAGCGGCCGGCGGUGCCCGGGCGGCGGAGCGGCGGCGGCAGCCGGCUUAAGGCGGCGGCGGCGGCGCGCUGAACCGGCCUUGAAGAAGAAGCCAGUACGUGCUAGGGCUGGCACGAGCCGCCUGCGGGCCUGGCUGCCGAGAACCCCGCCGUUGCGGGAACCGCAACCGCGGCUGAGCCGGUCCGCCUGCGAGAGCUGGAGCGGGAGAGCAAGCUACCCCUGCGGACGUGCUGGGAACGACAGAGCGCGCUGGGGCAGCUCUGAGCCGCCUGGCCCGGGACCCGCUGCCCCGCGGCUGGCCAGCUCAGCACCAGCCUCUUCAGGGACACGGGCAGCCCCCGCCGCCAGCACCAGCACCUCCAGCCCGCUGGCGAGAGCAGCGACCACGACUACGCCCUGCCCAGCCCCCGGCCCCGCGGCCUGGAGGAGGCGGCCGUGGGGACUGAGGCGGAGGAGGAGUGGGCGGCCCCCGGCGGGAUCUGCCUGCACGUGGACCGGGAUCAGGUGUCGGUGGAGUUCUGCUCCAUCUGUGCUCGGCGGGCGGCGGCCUCCUUCAAAAUUUUCUCUUUUAGGUGCUUGCCCUGCCAGGCUCCGUUGUGUAGGGGUUAAAGAACAGUCGUUUUCCACCUCGCAACCUGUGGAUUCAGCUGUGUUGGGGCAGAAGAGACGGGACCAGCUGCUGGCCACAUUUCCUGCUUUAUUUUAAAAGGUAGUAUAAGAAAUGAGAAUAAAGAGGUAACAGGGCUUUUGCUGUCUUUGGUUAAAAAGAAAAAAGUUGAAUGCUGGGAUCAUUUACUGUCAUUCAAGAUUUAUUUUUUUUUUAAAGGCAAUAUCCUAUCAAACAGGUUUUACUCCACUGUAUGUAGAAUUCCAUCUGUUCAGGGUAUAUUGCCAGCACAAAAGAGACUUAGUGGGAUAUGUGUUACCUUACACCUCUGUGGUGGAUCAGCAGGGCUGUUCAAAGUUUCAGUCUUAAAUUGGGUAACUGCUGUAACUGAUGGGUUAUACCCGUGCCACGGGAGUCAGAGUUAACCACCAGGACCUGCACUGACUGAUAUGCAAAAUGGAAAUAAUUUAGAUUCAACCUAGGCUCAACCUGCCUAGCUCAGACUUCAUGAACAUGCUUUGUUUUGCAGUUUAUUGAAAAAAGAAAACCAUUAAUGUAGUAUAGGAUGUUACAGUGGCAUUUUCACAGUUACUUCAGUGUAGAAGUGGUUUUUAAGUUAAAUAUGCAUUCUUUCUUGUCGCAUCACUGCUAAAUGGCAGGGUCAGGGACUCAGUUCUUCUGGUCUCUGUGUGAACCCUCACAUUGCUCUGUCGUGACACGACCUGUGAGCUGUGUCUGAGAGCAGCUGAUUUUCUGACAUGCAAAACGAUGUAUUUUGGUAUAAGAACAAGGUUAAGUCCCAAGAAAGUCAGUGGCUGCAGGCAUUUGUAGUGCCUACUGAAUCAUAUUUAAACCAAAUAGUGGGGAGGAAGCUAUUUGAAACUCUUGACUGUACUAUCUGUAUGGUGUAUUAUUAAUGUAGCUUUUUGAAGUGAAAGCCUUGAAAUGAAAAAACUUAAUACUUGAAAAUAUAUUGUAAAUGUUUCCUUGUAAUUAUGUGCCAUCCAGAUAAGAAUGCAAUAUCAUAAUAAAAUCAGACUUGUUGAUCUUUCA